UUUUAAAUCUCCUUAAAUUAAGAAGAAUUUAUUGUUUCAUAAUGUGCAAAACCUUCUCUGAUUGAACAGUGUUAUCAACUAAAACCUAAUACUUUUGGUGACAUCCGGAAAUACGCGGAUAUUCUUGUUGGGAAGAAGAAAAAAAAUUACUUAAGUGCGCGAUAAAAUUUCUCGAUUUGCCUCCAUGAAAAUAUCUAAAAACAUAAAUUUCAACUAAAUCAUGAUAUUGAUUUACUAAAUUAAACGACGAUAGCUUUGACAAAGUAUUUUAGAGGAAGAAAAAUAAAUCGCAUUUGGUUGAACAUUUUUCUUGUUGGUUGAAUAUAAAAUAGAUCAUCAAAGAAAAAAUAAAAAUGCAUGAAGAAGUCGUAACAACAACUUCUACGAUAUCAAAAUUUAGUAACAACACAGUUGUCAACUCAACCACCGCACUACACCAAAGUAACGAAGAUGGCACUAGUACUAUAACAGUUUCAAUUAUUCAUCCUAAUCAGCAAAAUGCUGAAAUCGGUGAUUUUAUAGCAGCAUCAGAAUUACAAAAUAAUCCUUGUUCAACAAUAAUAAACCAAAUAGUUCCAACAAAUUCCAAAAUUAUAAUCAGCACUAACGAAUUAGAAACACUCAAAGAUGAUAUUUCGUCAGUCAUAAUAAAUGGCACGAUAUCGAAUUCAAAUGAUCCAAAUGUGCUCAUAUUACCCACUACUGAAACAUGUGAUAGUGAUAAAAAUCCGCUAGGUCUCAGCCAUUUGGAAUCAUCACAAGUUGAUCAAGUACAGAUGGAUUUGCAGGAAAUUAAUUCACCAAAUGAAGAGACGUCGUCUAGGGAAGAAGCUACUGGUCAUGGUAGUCAAACAUCGAUUGGACACUUAAAUAAUAAUAAUAAUAGUAAUAAUAAUAACUCGUCGAAUAACAAUAAUAGUACCGCGAACAACAACAAUGGUUCAAGCUUGCAAGUGCCUCCGCAAUAUUCUUACAAUCCAAGCGGUGCCACCAAUUUAGCACAACAUUUAGCAAACAACAAUAAUAAUACGUCAACGAUUAAUAAUAAUACCAACAAUAAUAACAACACUUCGGCUUCCUUGCCGCCUUCUUCUCAAACUUCUUCAACAAAUUCAAAUCAACAGCAUCAGCACCAACAGCAUAACUCUGGAAAUCAACAGCAAUCGUCGAACAAUUAUUAUAUGUACAAUUUUGACUCCCAAUAUAUGUUUUCAACAGGUUAUCAUGCUGAUAAUACCUCAAGCAAUCAACAAAAUUAUAUCUCCCUUCUUCCCACGGUUGGUAAUGGGAUUGCAUCUUGUGAUCAAACUGAUCUGCGUGAUUUGAUUGAAGAGAUGUGUCCAGUAUGUGGGGAUAAGGUGUCUGGAUAUCAUUACGGUUUGCUUACUUGCGAAUCAUGCAAAGGAUUUUUCAAGCGUACUGUACAAAACAAGAAGGUAUAUACGUGUGUCGCUGAGAGAAGCUGUCAUAUUGACAAGACUCAACGAAAACGUUGUCCAUAUUGCCGUUUCCAAAAAUGCCUGGAAGUAGGAAUGAAACUAGAGGCUGUAAGAGCAGAUAGAAUGCGUGGUGGAAGAAACAAAUUUGGACCAAUGUACAAACGUGAUAGAGCUCGAAAACUUCAGAUUUUACGACAACGACAACUCGCUUUGCAAGCUAUACGUGGAUCAAUAGGAGGUGGAAGUUCCAGUUCAGGAACGGCAGCUGAAGGUGCUCAAUCGCAACUGUCACCAACAGGAUACCCACCAUACACCAGCAUGCACAUUAAACAGGAAAUUCAAAUACCACAGGUUUCAUCACUUACGUCUUCACCUGACUCUUCACCAAGUCCCCUACUAGGACAAAUUAAUACAAAUCACAAUCAAACACCGAAUGUGACAGUACCUGGAAACAAUGGAGCAACGUAUUCUUCCACAACAACCAACAACACUAAUAUUCAAAACACAAUAACUGAUUCAAAGUUAUGGAUCGCUAAUUCAACAACUGCAUCACCACAUUCACUUAGUCCGAAAACAUUUAGCUUUGACAGUGGAGCUAACCCGUCAAGUACUGCCGAUGGUGGCAAUAAUGCUUCAGAAACUUUAAGAGUCUCCCCAAUGAUUCGCGAAUUCGUUCAAACUGUUGACGAUCGUGAGUGGCAAUCAUCGUUGUUUUCACUACUGCAAAGUCAAACGUACAAUCAAUGUGAAGUUGAUCUUUUCGAAUUAAUGUGCAAAGUAUUGGAUCAGAAUUUGUUUUCACAAGUGGAUUGGGCUAGAAACACAAUAUUCUUUAAGGACUUGAAGGUUGAUGAUCAAAUGAAACUUUUACAAAAUUCAUGGUCAGAUAUGCUCGUGCUGGAUCACAUUCAUCAACGUUUACAUAAUCAACUGCCCGAUGAAACAACGUUGCACAAUGGUCAAAAGUUUGAUUUGUUGGGCUUAGGAUUGCUAGGCGUACCCUCGUUAGCUGAACAUUUUAAUGAGUUGCAGAAUAAGCUCCAAGAGCUGAAAUUCGAUGUUGGCGAUUACAUUUGUAUGAAAUUUUUAUUAUUACUUAAUCCAGAAGUGAGGGGCAUUACCAACCGAAAAACGGUUAUCGAAGGCUAUGAAAAUGUUCAAGCAGCAUUAUUGGAUUAUACAUUGACUUGCUAUCCUUCUGUUACGGAUAAGUUCAGCAAGCUUCUCAGUAUUAUUCCUGAAAUCCACGCAAUUGCUGUACGUGGUGAAGAGCAUCUUUACAUGAAACAUUGUGCUGGAAGUGCACCAUCGCAGACGUUACUUAUGGAAAUGCUUCAUGCAAAAAGAAAAUAAUAAUUUAAUUACAAUAGUUCACAAAAAAAAGAAUGAAAGAAAGAAUCACAGACACACACAUAGACACAUCCAAAAACAAAUAAUGGUUUCGACAGCUCCGAUAGAGAAAAAGCAGAAUAGCAAUUUAAAAAAUUAUUAACCACUCUUAAAAGUUUUUGGAAUUGGAUGUUGAUAUUUUAAGCACAGGUUGGCUUAUCAUUGUCAAUGUUGUCAACAAAAAAAAAUUAAAUGCUGAUGUUCAUCAAUAGAUCAAAAAAAGAAAAGAAAAAAAAUGAAAAUUCGAGACAUAUUAGAGAAUAAUCAGAACCGUUCUAUUUACACGAAACCUAAAUAUUAAUAUAGUGACUACCACCAUAAGUUAAUUUUAAUUCAAAGAGUUUAAAAAAGUUGUUUUCAAAAUACCUUCGAAAUAUUAAGAGAAUGUGAAUGAUAACACGAGAUACGACGGUAAAUGAACGAAAAAGAGUCUUUCCCUCCGAAGGAGCAUUCAGAAACCAUUUACAUAAGAUCUCUUAUCACUCUAAUUGAACUUUUUUUGUAUUGAUAGGAAGCGAAAGUUAAAAAAAAACUCACUCAAAACAAGGAUUACACAUUUGUUACCAUUUUUUUAAAUUCAAACCAGAUAAUUUAAGAGACAUGACGAAAACAUUCAACUUUCUUAAGAUAAUCAAUUGACUCGUUAAUUUUCAUGACUCCAUUGAAUAUUUUUUUUUUAAAUUUCAAUAAAUGAAAUUGAAUUUCCGGUUUUAUAAUCAUUAAGAUUUUAAGUAAAAAAACACCCACACUUGGAUUUUAAAAGAUCAAUGGAAGUCUAAAUAUGAUUCUACGUUAAAAUCUCAGUUUUUAUUUCUUUAAAAUAAACCAAAAUAAUCUGAUUUUAAACAUACAUGAACAAAAGUAAAUUUUCCACAGUGCAAUAAUGAACAAUUUUCCUUCUCCAAUUUGUUUUUAAAUUCAUUUUCCAAUAUAACAAAACAAAAGUUAAAUAAUGUUACCGAAUAUGUCUCUUAGACUUGAAGUUGAUAUCUAUGAAUAUUGUUUAAUAUUUGAACCGGUUUUCCGCAGACAUUUUAAUUGUUAUUUAGAGUUACAUAUAUUCAUUCGUUCAGAGUGUUGACAGAAUCAUACGAAAGAAAGAAACAUCUUUGUCCAAAGUAAGUUCCGUGAAUCGUUUUUUAUUUUCAAAGUUUAUAUUGAUUGCACCUGUUACAUAAAUAAAUUCACUUACUUUAUAGUUUCCUCUACGAUGUUCUCUACAGUUUCAUUUCGCCUUAUAAAAUAUGAAAAGAUAUUUACCAAUCGAAAGAAGCGGAAUGUUAUAAAACGUGUGAUAAAGAAAAAAAAGUUUAAUAUGGUAGUUAAUUCUAUCAAAAUGUCAUAUGAUGGCAAAUGGAAAGGCAUUUUAAUUAAUUUGUUCUUUGUUAAAUUGUGAAAAAACGAUUUGAAAGGAUGGAAACAAAGUUUUUUAUUUUUCAUUAAACAAUCUUUCAAAAACUGGACUUGAAGUAGGUACAUUGAAUAAUAUCAGAAGAGAAAUUAUUGAAAAAUGUGUAGCUUAGUUUGGUUUUGGGAUUCGAAAGGGCAUAAAUUUUAUCAAAACAUAAAAAAAGUUCAAAACAUUUAAUGUUUGAAAAUAUGUUAUUAGUUUUUUUUUUGCGAAAAUCGCAUAUGAAAAAUGUAUUUGAAACGAAAAGCUGUGACAAAAACAUAACUUGUAUAAAUGAAGAAAUAGAAAAAAGAAAACGUUAUUUUAUUUCUUUUAUCCUUUAUCUCUUGGAGAAAAUCUUCAAGCAGAAAUGUAUAAAGAAAAUCACUAAAGUUUAAAUUUGUUGUGCAAGAUUAAAUGCAAUCUCUGCAAAGCUCAAAAUCAUCUUAAAUAAUUCAAAACAUAAAAACAAAAAUAUUAUACAGAAAUGCUUCUAAGAAACGUUAGUGAAACAUCACAAAACAGAAUCACAUCAAAAUGAAUGUUAAUUAUUAAGAAAGAAUUAUGCAUAAAUACGAGUAAAUCUUAAUUGAAAACUUUAGUUUUAUAAAAACACUCUUCUAUUUUCUUUUACAAAUGUGUUCAAUAACAAAUUAAAACAAAAUAGCGUAUGCAUGUUGUAUUGCUGGACAAAUGUAAUGUGGUUAUGCCUAGGUUUGAUUUUAAAGGCUAAGAUAUCAAAAUAUUUUGUCUUGAAUUCCUUUGAAUUAUCAUCAUGUCAUAUUUAGAUCACCAAACCGUCCCCUAUGCUUGCAAAAGAAAAAAAAGUUAAAUUUUGCCUUAAAAUAUAUUUUGAACUCUCAUGCUUAAUUUGUUUGCAUGAUGAAGUUACAUUCCACUUUUGAUUCAAAUUCAAAAAGAUCAAAUCUAAAUAUCUAAUACUGUUUCUACUCUUACACUUUUGUCUCUUGAAUUUGUUAAGUUUCUUUUAUUUUUUGUAAAUAUCUAAAUAGCUCUUCAUGAUUUCUAGUAACUAGAUGUGUAUAAAAUACGUAAGCUAAAAGAAGAAAGAAACAAAUUGUCAACCAUUCAUGAUUGACUUAUUAUUUGAAUUAUCUAUGACGAUAAAUAUUUUUGGAAUGAAAAAGAUUUCGUUUGUACCACGUUUAGAAUUUCGGAAAAUGGCGAUGAAAAGUUAAUCAUUAAUUUGUUCUUUUUGGUGGUGGUUAAAUAUUUGGUUAAAAUUUAAAACAAAAAAUAUCCCAUUAAAGAAAUUUCUUACAGAAAAAAAAGUUAUUUAUUUAUUUGACUCUUACCACGACACAAACUUUGAGUUGAAAUUUAGGUGCUAACACUCUCAAUUAAAUUGAAAGUUUGAAAAGAAAAUUUUACGAAAAUAAAUUGAUAUCUACAUACAUAUAUGGUUUAGUGAAAAGAAGGAAAAAAAAGAAACAAAACAUCCUGAAGGUACCAACCAAUUGUUUUCAAUAAUAAUAGAUUUAGGCGAUAGAGAAAUAAAAAAAGGAUAUAAUGGAUUUUUCAUAGAACUUAUGAUUUUAGUUGAUAUGUUGUAAAAUUUUUAAGAUGUUUAAUUUUAUUCAUUAAUAAAACUUUAAAAUUGCAUAAUAUUUUUAGUUUUUUUUUUGUUCAUUUAUUCUCAUAGUUUGAAAGAAAAAAAAACUGGAAAGUACAAAAUACCGCAGAUGCAGAAAAGAAAUAUUUUAGGUUGCGUAAUAUUAAUCUAAAAGGUUAGAUUACUAAUUACGUUUUAAAAAGUUAAAGUAAUGGGGUUUCCUUUCGAGCGAUUACACAUGUGAUGUUAAAUAUAUUCACUUAAAUAUUAUCUUAAGUAUUCACAAAAUAAACAAUUUAAUUAAUUCACAAACUUUUUCUGUUGUCACAUUUCCAAACCUUACACAAAAGCUUUAAUAAUUAAUAUACCAAUUCAAGUACGCUUCGUUCUGCAGAACUUAGAGAAUCACAUUAAAUAUACAAGAUUUAAACAGAGAUAUUUCUUCACACGACGAAUAGUGUUCAUCCAUAUUUUUGUAAUUAUUACUCACUUAUAAAAAAUUUAAAAAAAAGAAAAUUAAAAGAAACCUUAAGGAGUUUGAACUUUUUAAGGCCGUCAGUUUUCAUACAGAGCAAGAAUAUUUUCAAAAGGUUUCUCACAAACAGUCAAUGUUGAAAUUCCUUCUGUGUUGAGAAGCAUAUAAUACAUUUUGCAUAACAAAUGCUACAACAUCAUGUUGCUCCUAAUAAAUAAUAUAAAAAAUUAUAUGUUUUAGUAACACUCGAAGUAUAAGAAUACAUUAUGAAUAAUUUUAAUUUAAUGGAUAAAUGUGGAUAAAAAUUAUGGAAAAAGAAAGAAUAUAUAAGCAAAGUUUAGAUAUGAAGUUGAAAACUUCAUUCAAUGAAGUGAUGAAGUGACAUUGGAAUAUUUGUGUAAAAUCAAUUAUAUUUGAAAUAAAAUAUAUAUUUUCGGAAAAAAAA